AUGUUUAGGAAUGCAGUGGUAUUCAAAAGGUGGUGUUUGGCCCAGUCCUCAAGACAAGUGUUGGACGGGUUGAAGAACCAGGAAUUGAUAAGAACAAACGGAUACAUCAAUGGCAAGUGGGUCGAGAGCUCCAGUGGUGAGACCUUCGCCGUGACGGACCCAGCUAUAUAUCCUAAAGAGUCUGCCUUUAUCGCAGAAGUGUCGUCCAUGAGCGUCAAUGAUUACGAAACAGCAAUUCAGGCUGCCCAUGAUUCUUUCAAGUCGUUCAAGAAAACCACCGGCAGGUAUAGGUCAGAGCUAUUGCUCAAUCUCUACCGCUUAAUGAUCGAAAAUCAGGAUGAUUUGGCCAAGCUUAUUGUUUUGGAAAAUGGUAAGCCUUACGCAGAUGCCUUAGGAGAAGUCAAAUACGCAGCUUCCUUCUUCCAGUGGUUCUCUGAAGAAGCCCCAAGAAUAGGAGGGGAUGUUAUUGAUUCCCAAAACUACGGAAAUAAGAUUAUUACCUUGAAACAGCCAGUUGGGGUUGCUGGUAUUUUGACACCUUGGAACUUCCCUAGUGCCAUGAUCACUAGAAAAUUGGCAGCUGCUGUUUCCACUGGGUGUACCACUGUCAUUAAGCCUGCAUCUGAAACCCCUUUAUCUGCUCUUCUGUUAGCAUACUUGGCUGAGAAGGCUGGGUUUCCUGCUGGAGUGGUGAAUGUUUUGCCAAGUCACGAUUCUUCAGGAGUCGGAAGGGUAAUGUGUGAACAUCCAUUGGUGAAAAAAGUUUCCUUUACUGGGUCCACUAACGUUGGAAAGCUCUUGAUGUCUCAAUCGUCGUCUACUCUCAAGAAGUUAUCUUUUGAAUUAGGUGGUAAUGCCCCAUUCAUAGUUUUUGAAGAUGCUGAUGUUGAUGCAGCUAUUACAGGUGCCCUUAUCUCCAAAUUCAGAUCAAGCGGACAAACAUGUGUUUGUGCUAACAGAAUAUUUGUUCAUGAGUCAGUGUAUGACGAGUUCACCGAGAAGUUUGUUAAAUUAAUUAACGAGAAAACUAAAUUAGGAUAUGGGCUCGAAGAGGGUAUUACACAUGGCCCAGUUAUCCACGACCGCUCUUUUGCUAAAGUGAGAUCGCAUAUUGAUGAUGCUAUUUCCAAGGGUGCAAAACUUCUUGCGGGCGGUAAUCCACGCCCAGAUCUUGGAGAAAAUUUCCACGAGUUGACUAUUUUAGGAGACGUCACCAGUGACAUGCUCAUUUCUCAAGAGGAAACUUUUGGGCCAGUUGCUCCAAUUAUCAAAUUUAGCACUGAGGAAGAGGUAAUUCAAUUUGCAAAUGACACCGAUGUCGGAUUAGCAGGUUACUUCUUCUCUAGAGAUGUUGGAAGAAUCUUCAGAGUUGCUGAGGACCUUGAAGUUGGGAUGAUUGGUGUCAAUACUGGGGCAAUCUCUGAAUCGGCAUUGCCCUUUGGAGGUAUUAAACAUUCUGGAUUCGGCAGAGAAGGUUCGAAGUAUGGUGCCGAUGAAUACACAGUUGUCAAGAGUGUUGUUUUAGGAGGGAUUAGAUAA